AUGGCCGUGCUGACGGUGAGCUGCAGCCUGAUUGGCUGGCUGUGUCUCUACCUGUUGUUCCGCUUCCUCUUCGCCCGGCGGGGGCCCGAGUGGAGCUGUCGUCUGGUCACUCUGUCCCACGGGGUCGUCAUCGUGCUGCUGACGGCGUACGUGGCCUUCAUCGAUGGACCCUGGCCCUUCACACACGCAGGGACGGAGAACACCGAGCUCCAGAUCUUCGCCCUGUCCGUCUGCCUCGGCUACUUCUUCUUCGACAUCGGCUGGUGCGUGUUCUACGGCACCGAGGGCCCCCUCAUGCUGGCCCACCACGCCGCCAGCAUCCUGGGCAUCCUGCUGGCCCUGCUCAUCGGGGUGUCGGCCUGCGAAACCUGCGCCGUGGUCCUGGGCAGCGAGGUCACCAAUCCCCUGCUGCAGAGCCGCUGGUUCCUCCGGCGGCUGGGCCUGUACGACAGCCUGCUGGGUGACGCCGUGGACCUGCUGUUCAUUCUACUGUUCGCCACCGUGCGCGUGGGGGUCGGCACGUGGAUGUUUUACUGUGAGCUCACGUCCCCCAGGACCUCGCUGGUGAUGAAGCUGGGAGGCGUGGUCAUGUACGGUCUGGCCUGGGUGUUCAUGGUGGACAUCGGCAGAUUUGCCUUCAAGAAAAGCAGAUCCAAGUAUAAAAGGUGGAAAGAGAAUCACAAGCUCAAAGAAAUCAACACAGAGAAAGUGGACGGAUACGAGCGACUGAAGGAAUGA